AUGUUAAAUCAAACAUCUAAAAAAGUUCUUUGUACAUGUUUAAAAUGUCGUCAAAAUGACACUGAAGGAGUUGGAUGUUUAAUUUCAAAAUCUACAAGAACUAGACAUCGCAAACAAGAAAAAAAAACAGCAGAAAUAAACUCAACUUUAAGUUCAACAACCUCAAGUUUAAGUAUUUCAGAUAUACUUUCUAGUUCUGAAAGUGAAUCUUCUAUUCUUAUGGAUCAAGAUGAAAAUAUUGAUUUUUUGCAUUCUAACGCUUCUGAAGCUAAUAUUAUAUCUACAAGUUUCGAUAGGCCGGAAGAAAAUGGAUUAAAUGAAUCAUCAAGUUUAUUGGAUAAUAUGGAAAAUUUAUCUUCUGGACGAGAUGAUUGUUUUUUUAAUAUUGAUGAGUCUGAUUUAGAGCAAGAAUUAUCUCCAAAUGUAAUCGAUGAACUUUCUGAAUUAAGUGAAUCUUCUGCAGAUAAUUCAGAUGGGAUAGAUUGCUAUGACAGAUUAAAAAAUGAAACAUUUUUAUUACAUGCCCAUAUUUUAUCAUGGUCAGGUGAUACUCCAGGAUUGACCAAACUCAUGCAAUUAACUGGCCAUAAUUCAUAUAAGGGGUGCCUGUUUUGUGAUAUUCGUGGUAUUUACUUAAAUCAUGUGUAUUUUCCUACUAAACCACCUAUGGAAAAAGAAAAUGAAUAUGAAAGAUAUGAUCCUGAAAAUUUACCUUUGCGAACUCAUAGGCAGUUUAAAGAUCUAAUUUUUCAAUUAAACCAAGCAAAUUCAAAAAGAGAAAGAAAAGAAUUAGAAACUGAAUUUGGUAUAUAUAACUCUUAA